CGAGUCUAAACAACGGCGUGGGGGUGUCUACGUGUAGCGUGAUGCGCGUUGUAGAAAGUGUGCAGGCGGUGGAAGCCCUGGCCGAUGGUGUCCACACCGACACCACCCUAGUCGAGAUUUUCAUUCGCAUGUCAGGUAUCCUAAUACGAAUAAUGAGUGCAGAGCGGGCUUCAAAGCAAAAAUUGACAACAGUGGCCAGAGAGUCGGGCGAGACGAGGCGAAAUGGUCUGUUUGAUGGUCGCGCGGCAGUGGAUCGCUCCGUACCUGACCUAAUUGGGAAUGGGAUAUUUGCCACCACCGAAAUCCAGCAGUAGAUAGGUGAAGUAACAAUAGGGCAUGCGGAAAACGGAUAUUUGGUUGGAGGCGGCAUCCCUUGCCACAGUUUGUGUAACCUUUGACGACAGACGUUUGAUUGCCAGGGGCGGGAUAUUCUCCCAUUGGCUGCCUCCGGUAUUCCUAAUUGGCUGUCAGCGUUUGAGAUCCUGCAGGCUGACGAAAAACCCUUCCCGGCAUCUUACAUACGCAUCCUGGACUCCUAUGCCCUUCUCCACGCUCUCGUCACCUCCAGGGCCAAGGAAAUAUUUCCCUUUCCGUCCCUUCGUGCAUGAGCUCCUUGGAUCAAAUCAUGGUGCUGCUUCCGCGAUUUGUCUACACCUCGUAACGGUCCCCUGCAGACCGUCUGCGGCUGCUGCAGGUGCGCCGAUUUGGACGCCGAUUUCUACAUCCCAGUUCCUUUCUUCGAGAUCGGAAGCGUGGCGGAUCUCGCAAGCUGGUCACACCGUUUUGACCUCGCCUGCAGAAAGUGAGGCCCAGCAACGUGAGUUCCGUGUCCGUGAGGCAAGAUCGUCGCGGCACAUUCCGAGUGCGGGAUGUAAUGAGCGACGCUCUGCCUUGGCGGCCACGCUUUCGUUGGAAGCAUGAUAUGAAUACGAGACGCGACGAUAGUAUACUGGGAUCCAAAUCGCUAUUAUUCACCAACUCUCCAGCCUCGCUAAGUUUCGAGUGAGGUCAGCUGGACCCUGUCCCAAAACGAAG